AUGUCCCUCAACGGCAUCGAGCACCGAAGCGAAAUCGAAUCCCACGUGGAGUCACACCUAAUUCCCGUCGAAGUUGGACAUACGAACGCCUACGAAAAUAGUGCCAAGCAAGGCCUUCCCAUGAUCGCUGUCUCGCCCGUGCUGGGUCGCUUCACCUCUCUCCUCACUACUGCAAUCGGAGCGAGCAACGUGCUUGAAAUCGGCACGCUGGGCGGAUACUCCAGUAUGUGGUUCGCACAAGCUGUUCAAGGCAAGGGCAAAGUCACUAGUAUUGAGAUCGAUGCGCAUAGACGUGAUGUUGCGAUCGACAACCUGCGCUUUGCGGGUUUGAAUGUUCCGGAGGAUGUGGAUGUGAUUCUGGGGGCGGGGCUGGAUAUCCUACCGAAGCUAGAACUGGAGAUUCAAGCAGGAAAGAGAGAGAGGUUCGAUUUUGUUUUCAUCGACGCCGACAGAGGUAAUCAGUGGAAUUAUUUUGAUUGGGGGGUGAAGCUCUCUGAAAAAGGCAGCGUCGUCUAUGUCGAUAAUGCUGUAAAGGGCAUGCUAGAAAGCGGGAUCGUCGGGUCGCAGGAAAGAGAUAGCCAAACAAUUGACUUGGUUGCGGAGGUGGGAAAGGAUGAGAGAGUGGACUCUGUCGUUAUGCAAACAGUCGGGGCAAAGGGGUACGAUGGCUUUUUGUUGGCAGUUGUUAAAUAG